AACUUCAAAGUCAAACAAACAAGUUUUCAGGUUUCCUUUAUCAUUAAAUUAUUGAUAAUUUAUUUUGAAUAAUUAUCUAUUUCUUAUCUUGUAUAAUAUAGUAUAAGAAGGGUAUAAAGAAAGAUAUAGAAUGUUGACAAUAACCCUUAUACACCGAAAUUGUAAUAGCACAUUAUAAACUAGUUAAAUACAAGUUUGUUUUUUUUUAUUUAUUUAUGAAUAUUUAUGUCUUCGUGUACUGAUUCGUGGACUUUGUAACUUUAAAUUGUCACAGUUUCGCACAUAACGAAUUAGUAAGUUAGGUACAUGUUAUUUAUUAGUAAGUAUUGAAAACUAACAGAUCAUAUGGCUUUAAAAGGCAUAAAAGUUGUGGAAAUGAUUGGUUUGGCCCCGGGUCCUGUUUGUGGGUCUAUUUUAGCUGAUUUUGGAGCAACAGUUACAGUUGUUUCUAAAAUAGAACCAUCACCAGUUGACGUAAUGUGUACUGGGAAAAGAAUGCUAUCUGUAAAUUUAAAAUCAAAAGAAGGUGUGAGUGUAGUAAAGAAACUGUGUGCUUCAUCAGAUGUCCUUAUUGAUACCUAUAGACCAGGAGUAUUAGAAAAACUUGGUCUUGGUCCUGAAGUCCUUAUGAAAGAAAAUACUCGUCUUAUUUAUACAAGGUUAUCAGGAUUUGGUCAAGGUGGUUAUUAUAGAGAUAAGCCUGGACAUGAUAUUAAUUAUGUUGCAGUAUCAGGGGUACUCUCAAUGUUAAAGAAAGAUAAGCAGCCACCUAAACCUCCUAUAAAUCUUCUGGCAGACUUUGCUGGAGGAAGCAUGAUAUCUGCUUUAGGAAUUUUGAUGGCUCUAUUUGAAAGAACAAAGUCUGGAAAAGGACAACAAAUAGAUGCAAGCAUGGUAGAAGGUACUGCUUAUGUAGCAAAUUGGCUCUUCAAAUCAAGAAAUUUACCUUUCUUGAACCAGGAGCCAGGGAAAAAUAUAUUGGAUGGAGGAGCUGCUUGCUAUGAUACAUACAGAACAAAAGAUGACAAGUUUAUGGCAGUAGGUGCUAUAGAACCUCAUUUCUAUUCAAAUUUCCUAAAAGGUUUACAGCUACUGGAAGAUGAUUAUAAUCAAUAUGGUGAUGAAGAACAAAAUAGGAAAAAAUUCCAAGAGAUAUUUUUAACUAAAACUCAAGAUGAAUGGGUUGCUAUAUUUGAUGAGUUAGAUGCAUGUGUUACUCCGGUUGUUGAAUAUAACAAAGUUCACAAGCACAAAUGUAAUGCUUCUAGAUCUUCAUUCUAUAUAGAUCAUAAUAAUUUGGUUGCUCCAGAACCUGCUCCUAGAUUGUCAAGAACAUUAGCUGAAGCAAGUGGAAAGAAGCAACAAACAAUACAUGGUCAACAUACAGUGGAAGUUUUAUUAGAACUUGGUUACAGUAAAGUAGAAAUAAAUAACUUAAUAGACAGGGGAAUUGUUUAUGCCAUAACAAAAUCUAAUCUUUAAAACAUCUAUUUAUUUCAUUAUUUCAGAUAUUUUUUUUAUAAUAUCAUGGUGUUCAGAUAUUAAAUCUUGGCUUAUAAUUUUAUUGUUAAUUAAGGGAUGGUCAUCAAUGUAUUUUAAGAUUUUUAAUAGAAUCUUUAAGUCAAAUGCAAUAUGGUUAUUGCCAAAUGUAUAAUCAUUAAAUACUGUAAACUUUUUA